AUGCCUUCGCAUGGUGCGAAGAAGCGAAAAACCCCCAAAUCAAAGAAGCGACAAGCGGUCUCAGAGGACCCACCAGAAAAGACAGAGGCAAAAGCUGCGCGAAAGAAAGCAAAAGCAAGCCACACAGGCGAAGGGGCCCUCAAGCCGAAGUAUCGCCAAGCUAAGGAGGAGGACGCUGUCGUUGAAGUGCUUUGCUUCAGCUGCCGCCGGGCGAGCGACGCCUCGGUCCAGCUAAGCGUCACCAACUUCUUCAAGAAGGCGGCUGCUGCAGCGCCGGUACCAACACCACAGGUGAUCGACCUUGAUGCGCCGCCAUCUGUGGAUCCUUCUGUCUGCUCGCGCUGCCGCAAACCAUUGCGGCAUAAGCUCCCGACAUACAAGAAGUCUGCGGACGCUAUGCAGGGCGUCGGCGAGCUUCCGCAACUUCAACGGCUCCGCGCGUAUCGGCGAAUAGCCGAAAAGCAGGGGGUGCCAUUCCUAAUCUCGGAGAAAAGUGCGUGCGCCUUGAUGCGAGGCCCGUGCUUCGGAUGCGGGGUGCCGGCUCCGCAGCGCGGCCAUGGCCUGACGCGGCUGCGCUUCUGGCCUGCAGGAGUUGCGAAGCCAGACCGCGGAGGUUUCAUGGGUCCGUAUGCUGAGGCCAAUGUCGCGCCAGCGUGCACGAUGUGCAACAUGAUGAAAGGCCAUCGAAGGAUCUCAGGAUUCGUCGAAUGUUGCCGGCAUAUUGCUACCAAGCACACAGAAGGAGAAAAUUUCGGCGAGUAUCCCCAUAGAUUCCGCGACAAUGUGUCAAGAAGAUCGCGUUCCUGCUACAUUUCUCAGUCUAGCACUCACACGAAGACGCAUUCCCUGACAAACGAGCAGUUCAAUGCCAUCGUCUCUGGGCCGUGCUUCUACUGCGGCAAGGAGCCGCGGAAGCCAAAGACCAACGGCCCGCACGAUCGUGGGCAUUUCAAUGGGCUAGACAGGCUGGAUUCAGAGAAUCGUGUCUACGCCAAAGAGACCACGGUUGCAUGCUGUGGAGAUUGCAACAUCAUGAAGUACCGAUGGGGACUUCAAGAGUUUCUGGAGCACUGCCGCUCAGUGGCCCUCUUCCAUCGAAACAAGGAGUUUGCAGAUGAGGCUGCAUUGGAGGAGGCGGAACGUCGCGAGUUUGACGAGGAGGUUGCGAUCGAAUCGGGUGAGGCCGAGGAGGAUGUUGGAGAGACCGAAGACGAUGACUGCGACAGCGAUCAAGAAAAGAUCAACGUGAACACAAAGACUUUACUAUACCUUGUGCGUGAUGCUGUCGCAGUCGGAUCUCAGCUGCUCUGCCAGGACGGGAUCCGGAUUCCUCGCAUCAUCCACCAACUGUGGAUGUCACCUCAGCAGCCAGGUGUGACGUUCCAGGACCGAGAGCCCGAGCGUCCUGACAUCGUAGAAGCCAUUCGACAAUGGCGAGUCGCAGCGCUACGCGACUCACCGAAGCCUUGGCAACACCAGGUCUGGAACCGCUCCUCGGUGAGAUCUGUCCUUGACCGGUACCCUCAUUUGGCAGACGGGUUUGAGCGCCUGGCAAGGUGGCCUGAGCGGCAAAAGGACUUCUUCAUGUAUGCCGUACUUGGCAUUGUUGGAGGAUUUUUCAUCGAUGCCGAUGUCAUGCCGCUGCAGUUGCCAUCGGCUUGGUUCGAGGAAGCGUGCAGGGCAGAUGUCGCAGGAUCAUCUGCGAAAAUUCAGCUGAUGGUGGGCCUUGAGUGCCGCGGCUCCGCCAAGGAAGCCGAGGCAUGGCGCUGGUCGGGUCGGCUGCAACUGACAGCCUGGGCUCUGGCCGCAGCACCAGGACACCCGGUCAUGCUUCGUGCCCUCACCCGCUACCUAGAGACGCCUGGGCCUGCGAUUGGCUUCUCGGCAUUGGCGCACUACCAGCACAGCGUGGCGAUGGGGCCCGGGCUUCUCACACUCCUUGUGGACGAGUGGAUCCAGGAGAACUCGCCCAAUGGUGGGGGGCUCAAGGCCAUGGCCAGCGUGCUCGGCUUUUCUGCGGCGUCCGUCUCCUCCGACACGGUUGUGACGGCGGGUGCCGUGAGAACAGUCUACAGCUCAGAGACCAUAACUUCAGAUGAAGAAACUGCGCCUGCAGGCCCGUGUAACGAAAGCGAGAACGCACUUGUCCAGCACCUUUUCAUGGGUGCCUGGAAGCCUGCGGAGGGGCCGUGGGCGUUGGACGAAGAUGAAUCCAGACGCCGCCGCCGGCGCUUCGAUGGACCCACUGAGUUCAUCGAUUGGCGCGGUCCAGCAUUUGCAAAGCUAUUGGGCAGCAUGCGGGCGCUGCGUGCUGCCUGGAUCAGAGGUGGCACCUCGAAGGGCCUCUUCUUUCGCGAGGCUGACCUGCCACCCCCUGGCAACGCAAGAGACCAGCUGAUCCUCGCAGCACUAGGCAGCCCGGAUCCUUCUGGCCUCCAGCUUAAUGGCCUUGGCGGUGGCAUUUCGUCAACCAGCAAGGUGGUGAUCUUGUCUACAUCGCAACGUGAUGGCUAUGACGUGAACUAUCUCUUCGGCCAGGUCGAAAUCAAGGAGCGCUUGAUCAACUGGGAGGGCAGUUGUGGCAAUCUCUCCGCUGGAGUCGGUCUUUUCGCUCUGGCCGAGCAUCUUGUGAAGCCAGCCUUCGAUGGACCUUCGCAGUUGGUGCGCGUCUGGCAGCAAAAUCAGGGGUACGGGAUGAACGUGCACGUGCCAAAGGGAGUGGAUGCCCCUAUCCCGGAGGCCGAGACAGAGGAGGAGGUCUCGCUUCUCUCCCUCGCUGGGAUUCCAGGCCGUGAGCCAGCUGUGUACGUGGAGCUGUUGGAGCCUCACGGUGCGAAGCCACUGCUGCCAACAGGUGAGCCAAUUACUGUGCUACAGCUGGAAGAUGGCUCUCAAGUUGAAGCGACGCUCGUCACGGCAGGUAAUCCGACGAUCUUCGUUCCGGCUGAUGUCGUUGGCCUUCGCGGUAGCGAGCUUCCCAGUGAGAUGGACUACAGCCGCAUCUUGCCUGUCGUGGACCGGUUACGCGCGCAGGCCGCUCCCCUUUUCGGAAUCGAGGUCUCAGACCAGCCCCGUGUAAGCUUCGUGGCCCAGCCUGGAUGCUACAUGAGCACCGCGGGGGAUGCAGUCGACGAGAACGCCAUGGAUCUUCUGGCUCGAAUUAGCACACCUGGUCGCAUCCAUCAUGCCUUCACUGGGACCGGAUCUAUCGCAAUCGCAUGCGCGGCGCAGGUGGAGAAGAGCAUUCCGUGGCGAUGCAUUCCGGAGAAUCGACGGAGGGCCCUGCUUCGUGUCGGGCAUCCUGGCGGCGUUAUGGAAGUGAAGGCCGAUGUUCGACACUCCGCUGAUCGUGGAUGGCAUGCUGUUGGUGCUGGCUUCGAACGAACCUCCAGGUACUUGAUGCGAGGAGACGUGUUCAUCCCUCGUCCAGGACGAGCUCCCUGA